ACCCGCAAUAUUCCUUUAAGAGACCAUAAAGGGUCCAUUUAAGUAGCUUUCAGUAAUUUGUUAGGCCUACGUUGUUAUUAUUAUUCAUAAUGUCAGACACCCCAUCAGGAAGUAAAGACAAUGUGAAGGGUGAAUUUCUCACUGCUGUGUCUGGGUCUGUAUGUGUAUGUGGAGGGUGUGGCAACAAGACAAUGAUGUUGUUUCAUCAGUUAACUUCACACAUCACUGAGCAGAAGAGGAACGCAUGGCACACACAACAGUCACCCACUGCCUCUUUGCCUUCGAGAACAUGGGACAGGCAAAGAGGCAAUGAAACACGUGGAUCUAUUCUCUUCAGAAUGCUUCAAGAACUCCAUGGUGAACCACCACCCUCAAACCCUGUAGAUCCUGCGCCUGGGCUGGAGAAAGGGCCAGUUGUGCGCAAAGUAAGGAAUUCAAUGCAGAUUUGUUUGUCUAGUUGAUAGUUGCAUUCUGUUAAAUAUGCCAACUUCAAGUAGUUGAGGAAAAGUUUGCAGUUGGAGACACUUUGAGGAGAUUUUCCAAGAGGAUAAAAAUCGUGAGCUGGAAAAUAUUGGAUAAGUUGUGUCCAUAUCCACUGCAGGAAUUUGGACAUGGAGAACGACACCUGUCAUCACAGACUGAACGUGGAGCAGAAUGUAAGUCCGGCCAUCAGUGCGAUGAUGUUCGCCGCUGGAGUGCUCGGGAACGUGGUCGCGUUGAUUCUCCUGGAGUUCCGCCGCAGGAAAGAGAGGAACCGACAGCGCCAGUCUUUGUUCCACUUGUUGGUGACCACACUGGUCGUUACGGAUCUAAUGGGGACCUGCUUGAUCAGCCCCUUGGUCCAAAUCGCGUAUCUAAAGAACACCACUUUAGUCGGAAUGAGUGAGACGCUCGCGGUUUGCGAAUAUUUCGGAUUUGCUAUGACUUUCUUCAGUGUAUCGACACUUUCCAUCCUGCUCACCAUGGCGCUGGAGAGGUGUCUCUCCAUCGGGUGCCCUUACCACUACGGACGGCAUGUCACCAAGCGCCGUGGAUACAUCACCAUCCCUUGCAUAUAUUUAAUCUGCUUUCUCUUCUGCUUGAUGCCUUUCGCAGGCUUUGGGGAAUAUGUGCAAUACUGUCCCGGGACGUGGUGUUUUAUUGCCAUGAAUCCCGAGGGGAAGGAGGACCGGGCUUAUGCCAAUGUAUAUGCCACUGUGAUGCUUCUCAUUAUCAUAGUUAUAGUGGCAUGCAACUGUUUUGUGGUUUAUCACCUGGUGUUGAUGAACCGGAGGCGCAAACAGAACCGAGGGUCUGUGCACACCCGGAGUAAAAGGGACAGGAGGUACUUCUCAUGGGCAGAGGAGGUGGAACAUCUCAUUCUCCUGGUCUUCAUGACAGUCAUAUUUGUCAUAUGCUCACUGCCUUUAAUGAUCCGUGUGUACAUUAACUCCACGGGCAAGCCCAGAGAGAGCCACAAGACCGACCUUAUAGCGCUGCGCUUCCUCUCUGUCAACUCCAUCAUCGACCCCUGGGUGUUCAUCAUCCUCAGCCCCUCGGUGCUGCGCUUCCUUUGGGGGGCGCUGUGUAAGACCACCUUCCUGCCCUCUAGGAAUUCUUUGUUUCAAACUUCCAUUGCCAAGAACCCACCUGGGCAAGUUGAGCUGUACCAACCCAACUCCAUCUCAGUGGAGACCACUCAUCUCAACAAGUCUGUUCAGAUGAUUUGACAUGAUGAGGACAUUAUGGAUUCCAGUGAAGUUGGAGAAUACAGUAUUCUGGACUGAAUGGAUCCAUCUAAGAAUGAAUAUUCAGAGGAAGCAAGAGGUUUUGAUGAAGUUCUGUGAAAAUUCCUGAAUUUUCCCUUGGGGAUCAGUGAAACAUCUCAGUCGCUCUCAUCUCUCUCUGUCUCUCUCUCUGACUGUCUAUCUGAUGAUCUGUCUGACUAUCUAUCUGGCUCUUUGUCUUACUGUAAUGUCCGUAUAACCAUCAAAUAUCAAACUUUCAAAAGUAGUUUAAACUUUCAGACGAUGUGUCAAGCCAACACCAAAUUUUGUCGUAUUAUGUUGGCUUGACUUCUACAUACAUGGUUUAGGGUUGUUACAAAAUCACUAAAAGACCAAAAUUAUCAAGUGUAAAUCAUCCUAGAACUUUCAAACUACAUCCACCAAACUCAGCACAGACACUCAAGACCCCUAUGUACUUCAUAUGAAAUCGAAGAACUAAUGGGAGUGACAUUUCAAACAAAAACAGUCAUUCACUCAUGUGCCCAAAAUGAGAUUUGCCACUAUCAUGAUUCUUUUGUCUGUAUUCUGCCCAUUAACACACUUUUAUACACCUAUCUUUGCAGUAGUAUUUGUGUCAUCAUAAAUUACAAUAACAGAGUGUAACUGUUGCAUAUUACGGCCGUGUACACCAUGUUAGCGCAGCAUCGCCAUGAAUGCAGAAUGUAAACAUGACAAAUUACUUAUUACCUACUGCAUAUAUAUUACUUUAAAUUAUCAUUGAGUGGUUAAACCAGCAUCUUUUACUGAUCUUAUGUGAAUUCUACUCAUAGAAUGAGGCAUGAAGUCAUUGAUUGCACUAUUUAAUGUCAUAUUAGGUGAUGUUUUACAUGUACUCUUUUUUUCUGAGAAACCCUAAUCGUGACCAUGAGGAAGUUACCCCAUGUGACUCUACCCUCCCUAGCAACUGGGCCAAUUUGGUUGCUUGGGAGACCUGGCUGGAGUCACUCAGCACGCCCUGGAUUCGAACUCGCGACUCCAGGGGUGGUAGUCAUCGUCAAUACUCGCUGAGCUACCCAGGCCCCCUACAUGUACUUUUGUGCGUCAUCAUAUUUAAAUGCUCCUCUAAUCGCCUCCCCCAUCUGCGUGGCUGGUGUCUGAAUGUUUACAAACAGCAUACUGUUGUUGAACUGUCAAACUUCUUUUUGACGUUAAGAAGAACUUUGCCGUGAGUAUACCAGGGCCUUCAGACUGCUCUGACUUAGGCCAUGUCCACAAUAAUACGUUUUUGUCUGAAAAUACAUUGAUUUCACUACGUUUCCUCCUCAUCCACACUGGAACAGCAUUUUCUUCCACUGAAAAAGGAACAUUUCGAAAACACUCUCUAUUACUGAAUUCUUUGGAAAACAAUAUCUUUUCUAACUGAUUGGAAUUACGGUUUUCACACAGUGGGUGAUCUAUUUAUCUGUCUGUCCAUCCGUCCAUCCAUCCAUCCAUCCAUCCAACCAUCCAAAAACAUCUUAACUGAUUUGUGGUGUCUGCCAUUCCAAGGGGGAUUUGUGUUUGUUUGUUGAUGUAAAAACAAAUAUAGAAACCCCCUGUGGUUUUUGACUGGGAGAGUGAGAUAAACCCAACUGUGAGAUCAAAGGGAUAUGGCAUGUUCCCUCAACCACUGCAAUAACUGUAUGGAAAUUGAGGGCCUUGUCAACUUGAACAAUUUUUCAAGGCAUGUUUCAGUGGUCGUUUGUGCAUGGAGCAUUUCAAAGAGGAUAUUUUGUGUUAGACUGUCAGAUACUCAUUAAAAACAAGACAGCUGUUUUCUCUACAGAAACUGACCUUAAGCUCUCAUUCCAUGAUUAUUGCGCAUUCAAGUUUCCAAUUUUCUGGGGUUCUGCUUUCCUUUUUUUUUUUUUUGUCAUAGGUUAAAUUACAUGUUCUCCCGUGCAGUCUGUCACUUUUUAUAUUUUUAUUAUCAAGUUAAUCAUGUGGUUUGGUUUCCUACAUUUCAAGAUGAGCAGUUCCUCAAAUGUCAGUGUUCAGGAAAACAAACUUAUAGAAGUUUCUACUUGUAUUUAUUAUAUCUACAUAUUUAUUGUGCUUUAAUUUAUGAUGAUGCAACAGCAAAACAAUUACAUAUUUGUGUCUUAGUGUAUGUAGGUUGUCAGAAUGCAAGGGGAGAUCCUGACUGUAGAUAAUUUUAACGUUUUUGCUUCAGUAGGUGCAAACAAAUGAUUUAAAAGACCUGUUCUUUGUGUCUUAAGUUUUUAUGUGCCUUUGAAUGUCUUAAAUGUACUUACCUGUGAUAUAAUAUGAUGCUUGUGCUAUGUCUAUGCAUGUUGAAGGGUUGAGAAAUUGUCAAGCCUGUUCUUAAACGUUCAUCAUAUCAUAGCUAUCAAGAUACACAGUGAAAAGGAGAAAAUUAGGGGUUUUUCUCUACAAAAAAAAAAAACAAAAACAAAAAAAAGGAAAGAAAAAGAAACAGAACAUGCUAACUCCCGCUAAGGCCAUAAACAUACUCUACCCAAGUAUGCAGGUGUAGUUGCUUGGCCAAAACACUGCAAAAGCAUAGUACUUUACUUUGUUAGUCGGUAACAAAGUUUAGUGCUCAAGGGUCCAAUAGAGUUACUUCAAAUGUCUGUGCUAAUUUCAUAAGUUCACAAACUGACACACUUAACUGCACUAUGAAAUAAAACUUGUGCAGCUAGUGGUGUUUGCGUUCAGGUUGUUGCAUAGAGUAUGUUUCGGGAUUUAAGAUGCUUUCGCACUAGAGAAAGCUGUGACGAAAUGUUUGAUGGAUAGGAAUGCAUAACAUGCAUUUUGGGGGUGUGAAAAGAGCUGGGUCAGUUUGAAAUCAAAUGGGAAUACUUAGGACUUCUGAAAGCAAAACUGGCCACCUUCAGAGUGGGUUGCGGCAAAACAGAAUUUUUUCUCAACAUUUGGUCACUUUUGUCAACGCUUUUGUUUUUCCUGUACUUCUUUUGCAACACACUGCAUUGUUGUAGCACCCGAUUUACUAAAGGAAUUGUAUAAAUUAGGGGGGAAAAAAAGAAUGCUGGUUGGAAUUUGCACCCCGCAAUUCCCCAUCUUGCAGGCAGGUUGUGGAGAAUGCAACAGAUUACCAUGAUCUGGAAUACUUAACUGAGAUUGUACAGCAUUGGGUAACGGUAGCUAGCUAGUACGUGAUAGCUGUGCAGUGUGUAAAACUCUCUCUCCUGGCCUUAAGAGAUACACUAAUGACCGAGGCUUUAGGCCAUGGCACCGAGGAUUGCCGGUUCGAAUCACACUUGGGGCAGGUCGAGUAGGACUGGUGACAAUUGCACCACCACUGUGAUCCAGGAACCUGAACCGGCUCUUUAAAAUGCCAAAAGUGCACUUGACUAAACUAGAAAAUGUACACAAUUUUAUCUUUCAUAUAAAAUUUUGUUUAACGUCUGCAGUAAUAUUGCAAUGUUAAUUGCAACAAAGUGCUGACUUUUGUGAACAAGGUGAUCUAUAUUUAUGUAUGUAUGGAUGGAUGGAUGGAUAGAUAGAUAGAUAGAUAGAUAGAUAGAUAGAUAGAUUAGAGUUUUAACCACCAUGCAAUUGCGUGGGGCCCCGGACGUCAAGAGGGCCCCCACUCCAUUAGGAAAGCUACACAAAAACUGCUUGAGGUGACAUGUUGUUCUGGGCAUUGUCAGUGCUCUCAGAGUGGUUCACGGUAGAAGCUGCUGGGUUCCGGUCAGUAGGACUUUGGGUUUGGGUUUGUAAUUUAUGAAAAAAUAUAUAGGCCUUCCGAACUUGUUUCACUCACAUGCUCAGAUACGCGCAAACGAAUGAGUUAGGGGCCGUUCACCCCAAACAUGUUUUUGUGUGCAUCUGCUCUGUUUUUUGAUUGUUUUCCUAUGUUGCACUACGUCGCAGUGUUUCUUCAGUGUGUCACGCAGCGACCGGCACAUUUUUAGACACUGUUUCAAGUUAAUAAGAACUUGAGGUAAACAAAUAUGCAUGUCGAGACACCAGCGUUCUGUUUCAUUCGUUGCGCUGCGUCUAGACUGUUUUUAGUGCAGGUGUCACAAAGAUUUAACGUUUUGAACAAGUUCAGGUUGCAAACAGGUGACUGCUACGAUGCGUAACAUUAUUCCAGAUUGUUCUGCACCAAGCAAAGUUUCAGCACUUGAUAAACGGCCAUGUUUUUUCCCCGCUUCUGCUCUAGUGUGCUGAGGGGCCGCCGUGCCUUGUAUGUUUACUGUUACUGUUAUGAAUGUUGCCUAUGAUGCUUACAAAAAAUACAGCCUUUUGCAACAUGGUGAACAAUACACUGCAGCAUCAGAAUAUAAGCUCCAGGUGAAAGUAAAUUAAAUAAGACAGGAAUAUGAUACUAUUGUAUACAACAAAUCCUCAAAGUAAUAAUAAUAAUACUGUAUCAUGUUAUAAUGACAAACUGAACAACAAUAAAUAAUUGAUGGGUUAUAAUAUGAAUAAAUACCGACUAAAUUCCAAAAUGUUACUGGUUGAAGUAGUAGGUUUUGCACACCCUGUUCACAAAAAAAAAAAAAAAAAAAAAGAAAAAAAAAGAAUUGUUUUGUACAAAUAUAUGUAGGUAAAUAUUGCUUUUUUAUCUGUGGAAAAACGGGAAAACAUGCAUUAAUUACAUUUAACUAGAUUUUUAUUUCAUUAAACAUUUUGAAUGUAUGUACGGCUUAUAGGACGAAUUUAAAAUUAUGAUUUAAAAUACAUUUUAUGCAAUUUUUUAAGCAAACAUUUUCAAAAUACAAUUUCAAAAAUUCGGUUGAUUUGGGCCUCAGAAAUCAUAAACCCGCCCCUGUAUACAGUAUAUAUAUAUAUAUAUA